AUCGUCAUGACAGUGUGGCAAAAAACAAUGGCGAGGCGAAACUAAAAAAUUGUGUUGCUGACAUCUGGUCGCUUGCAAAACUAUUUCGAGCAGAUUUUGUGAUAUUUCGUUGUGAUCGGUCGAUAAAUCCCUAGGUUUUUUUUUAAGGGGCAGUGCGAGGACAUCGCAGCGGUUGGGCAGACAGCAAGAAAGACACAAGAAAGUAGUUCUACACAACUAACGGGAACAGCCAGAUCCUCCCGCACACAAGCAGUCCGGUCAAGCAGUGCAGCACCAGGAUAAUCGGUCGAGAGCGACAGCCGCGAUCCUCAUCCUCGAUCCUCAUCCUCGAGCGCCAUGGACAUGAUAACGGUGGGGCAGAGCGUCAAGAUCAAGCGGACGGACGGCCGCGUCCACAUGGCCGUGGUGGCGGUGAUCAAUCAGUCGGGCAAGUGCAUCACAGUCGAAUGGUACGAGCGCGGCGAGACCAAGGGCAAGGAGGUGGAACUGGAGGCCAUACUCACGCUCAAUCCGGAACUGCUGCAGGACACCGUCGAGCAGCAUGCCGCGCCGGAGCCCAAGAAGCAGGCCACCGCCCCGAUGAACCUGUCGCGCAAUCCCACACAGUCGGCCAUCGGCGGCAAUCUCACCAGCCGCAUGACCAUGGGCGGCAACAUGCUAAACAAGAUCCAGGAGGCGCAGGCGAUCACCCAUCCGCUGGGCAACAGCAAUAGCGGCAAUACGAACAGCAACUCGAAUGCCACGGCCGGCGGAGGCGGUGGCGGUGGCACCACUACCACUACUUCUACCACAGCCACAGGGCUGCAGCGGCCACGCUACGCGCAGAGUGUGAGUGGCCAGCAGCAGACGAGGAUCGCCUCGGCGGUGACCAAUAACACAUUGCCCAAUCCGGGUGCGAGUGCCACGGCCGCCAGUGCUGCGGCUGCCCAGGCAGCUGCUGCUCCGGCCAGCAAUACGACCCAGGGCGCCGGCGGCGCACGGCGAUCGCAUGCACUGAAGGAGGUGGAGCGGCUGAAGGAGAACCGCGAGAAGCGGCGCGCCCGCCAGGCCGAGAUGAAGGAGGAGAAGGUGGCCCUGAUGAACCAGGAUCCGGGCAAUCCCAACUGGGAGACGGCGCAGAUGAUACGCGAGUACCAGAGCACGCUGGAGUUCGUGCCGCUGCUCGACGGGCAGGCCGUCGACGACCAUCAGAUCACCGUGUGCGUGCGCAAGCGACCCAUCAGCCGCAAGGAGGUCAACCGCAAGGAGAUCGACGUCAUCUCGGUGCCGCGCAAGGACAUGCUCAUCGUGCACGAGCCGCGCAGCAAGGUCGACCUCACCAAGUUCCUGGAGAACCACAAGUUUCGCUUCGACUACGCCUUCAACGACACUUGCGACAAUGCCAUGGUGUACAAAUACACAGCCAAGCCGCUGGUCAAGACCAUCUUCGAGGGCGGCAUGGCGACGUGCUUCGCCUACGGCCAGACGGGCUCCGGCAAGACGCACACAAUGGGCGGCGAGUUCAACGGCAAGGUGCAGGACUGCAAGAACGGCAUCUACGCCAUGGCGGCCAAGGACGUGUUUGUGACCCUCAACAUGCCGCGUUACCGCUCCAUGAAUCUAGUCGUCUCGGCCAGCUUCUUUGAGAUCUACAGCGGCAAGGUAUUCGACCUAUUGGCCGACAAGCAAAAGCUGCGCGUCCUCGAGGACGGCAAGCAGCAGGUGCAGGUGGUGGGUCUCACCGAGAAGGUGGUGGACAGCGUGGAGGAGGUGCUGAAGCUGAUCCAGCACGGCAACGCUGCCCGCACCUCUGGCCAGACGUCGGCCAACUCGAACUCGUCGCGCUCGCACGCCGUCUUCCAGAUCGUCCUGCGGCCGAUGGGCACCACCAAGAUCCACGGCAAGUUCUCGUUCAUCGAUUUGGCGGGCAACGAGCGCGGCGUGGACACCUCGUCGGCCGACCGUCAGACACGCAUGGAGGGUGCCGAGAUCAACAAAUCGCUGCUGGCCCUCAAGGAGUGCAUCCGUGCGCUGGGCAAACAGUCGGCCCACUUGCCCUUCCGUGUCUCCAAGCUCACCCAGGUGCUGCGCGACUCGUUCAUUGGCGAGAAGAGCAAGACCUGCAUGAUCGCCAUGAUCUCGCCGGGCCUGAGCUCCUGCGAGCACACGCUCAACACGCUGCGCUAUGCGGACCGUGUCAAGGAGCUGGUGGUCAAGGACAUCGCCGAGGUGGGCCCCGGCGGCGAUCGCGAUGUCAUCGAGGUCAUGGACGACGAGGAGGAGGAGGAACUCAAUCUGGUGCAUCCGCACUCGCAUCAGAUGCACCAGAAUUCGCAUGCGCCGACCUCCCAGUCGCAGAUCAAUCAGCGUGUCAGCGGCGGCGGCGGCGGCGGUGGUCACUCGGGCGGCAUUCACAACAACAAUAACAACAACAACAAGAAUGGAAACGCCGGCAACAUGGACCUGGCCAUGCUGAGUUCGCUGAGCGAACACGAGAUGUCCGACGAGCUGAUUGUGCAGCACCAGGCCAUCGACGACCUGCAGCAGACGGAGGAGAUGGUGGUGGAGUACCACCGCACCGUGAACGCCACCCUGGAGACCUUCCUCUCCGAGUCGAAGGCGCUGUACAACCUGACCAACUACGUGGACUACGACCAGGACUCGUACUGCAAGCGGGGCGAGUCGAUGUUCUCGCAGCUGCUGGACAUCGCCAUCCAGUGCCGGGACAUGAUGGCCGAGUACCGCGCCAAGUUGGCCAAGGAGGAGAUGCUCUCGUGCAGCUUCAACUCGCCGAACGGCAAGCGUUAGUCCGUGCAACCAGCUCGAUCGCCCUUCCCCUCCAUCAGACCCCCACCCCCACCCCCACAUCCACAUCCAACCCAACUGUCUGCUAAUUAACCACUGUUCCCCACUGUUCUGGCUUCCCCUCUUGGCGAGGAAAAGUGCUGCAGAGGCGGCACCCUCUCAAGAACUUUAAAUUUUAAUUGGCCCUGGCCACCACUGAAGUCCUGGCGACGGGGGCUAGUAUUUUUACACAGAACCACGAAUGAAGUCCACGUGCAGCAACCUAUUUAUAUAGCAUAUAAAUAAAAUGUCUUGUGAAAAUAAGACUUGUCAGCCCCCCCCCCAAAGCAGCCGCUCUGUCUCUUUCCAACCAGCUUGUUGGGCUUUCAACUACGUUGAUGGUCGAGGAGGAGCGACACAGUUGACAGCCUGAGCACGGCGGGCUGGGGCAGAGGCGGAUGCAGGGGCAGACGCACCAUGACAGCACACACCAAUAACCGAGAAACUAACCGAGCAGCAGGCCACCUUCAAUUAUUAUACGAUUAUGAUUAUAGUUUCUGCGCAGUCGAUACUUUUGUAAAAGAAAAAGACAUUUACUAUAUUAUAAUUACUACUUACAUACGUUCUACUCUAUUUAUGAUAUGAGAUUCCAUUUAAUAUAAUUACCUUAUGCGA